AUGAUCAACUGCUUGCCUUUUUCUCGUGUGAUCCUUGUUUGCUGUGUCAGCGUUUUAGUGACUCGUGUGAUCGCAGGCAAAGUUCAAUGGUACGGACAGAAUUGGGCGAGAGCUUGUGAUUUCUUUGCAAAUGAUCUUUCGAAUGUACGAAGUUUACCAGAACAUUGUGGUCCAAAAUGUGAGCAAACACCUAGAUGCACGCAUUUCGCUUGGAGCAGAUGGAACGGCGGUACUUGUUGGAUGAAACAUGGGUCGGCUUCUAAAAGCGAUGCAUUUUCAACAUCCGAUUCAAGUAUGAUCUGCGGUGUAUUAGGUCAAAAUCACAAUCGUGUGUCAAAUAACGGAAAAAAUCCUAACAGUAAAGGAUGGAAGCUCAUCUGGGAAGAUAGCUUUGACUGGACCGGUCAUGUUGAUACCACAAAAUGGGAUUUUGAUGUAGGCGGACACGGUUUCGGUAACAACGAAAAACAAUACUAUACAAACAACCGAUGGGAAAAUGCUCGUUGCGAAUUAUUUCCACACAGCAACAAUGGUCGUCUCAUCAUUGAAGCACGUCAUGAACACAUGCAUGGUUCUAGCUACACCUCCGCUCGUAUGAAAAGCAAACAGAAGUGGACUUACGGCCGUUUACAAAUCCGUGCCAAACUACCCACAGGUCGUGGCCUAUGGCCUGCACUUUGGAUGUUGCCAGAAAGACAAACGUAUAGCAAUACAUAUUGGCCAGAUAAUGGUGAAAUCGAUUUGAUGGAACAAGUAGGCUAUGAACCAACACGCAUUCAUUCUUCUAUACAUACAAAAGCGCAUAAUCAUAUGAUUCAUACUCAUAAAACGGAUUCUGCAAUUGUUGAUGACGCUACGUCAAAUUUCAAAAUCUAUACCCUCGACUGGUACCCAGAUAAACUCCAGACGUUUGUUGGCGAUGAUGGCGAUCCGUUAGCUAAACAUAUCUUUACUUGGGACAAACAAGGCGAUUGGACGAAAUGGCCAUUUGAUAAACCAUUUUUUGUCAUUAUGAAUAUUGCUGUUGGCGGUAAUUGGGGUGGGCAAAGAGGUGUUGAUAAUAACAUUUUCCCUGGUCGAAUGGAAAUUGACUGGGUGCGUUUCUACCAACAAUCUUAA